AUGGCCUCCCCCCAGGAGCACCACCUCUUCCACUCCUCAAUUGCCGACCACUCCUUUUCUGCCGACAAGCAGACGCUGGCUGUGGCUCGGGAGAACAAUGUGGAGCUGUACCGCAUGUCAGGCAACAAGUUCUCGCUGAGCGAUGAACUCAAGGGCCACGAAAAGACCGUCACCGGUGUCGACAUUGCCCCCAACACUGGCCGCAUUGUGACCUGCUCGCAGGACCGCAACGCCUAUGUUUGGGAGCAGACUCCCGAUGGCUGGAAGCCGACCCUGGUCCUCCUUCGAAUCAACCGCGCCGCCACUUUUGUGCGCUGGUCCCCUUCGGAGCAGAAGUUCGCCGUGGGCUCCGGAGCCCGUGUGAUUGCCGUCUGCUACUUCGAGGAGGAGAACGAUUGGUGGAUCUCAAAGCACUUGAAGAAGCCCAUCCGCAGUACCAUCACGACGCUCGCCUGGCACCCCAACUCUGUGCUCCUGGCCGCCGGGUCCACGGACUCGCACGCGAGAGUCUUCUCUAGUUUCAUCAAGGGCGUGGAUACCCGCCCUGAGCCGAGCGCAUGGGGCGAGCGUCUCCCCUUCAACACGAUCUGUGGUGAAUACCUGAAUGACUCGGCUGGGUGGAUCCAGGGCGUCUCCUUUUCGCCAAGUGGCAAUGCGCUCGCCUUUACCGGGCAUGACAGCAGCGUCACGGUCGUGUACCCCAGCGCGCCGGAGCAGCCUCCUCGGGCGAUGCUCAACAUCUCCACCCGUCUCUUGCCCCUGAACAGCCUGAUCUGGAACGGCGAGAACGAGAUUAUUGCCGCUGGUCAUGAUUGUGAACCUUUCCGCUUCCGCGGCGACGAGAACGGGUGGCAGCUGGCUGGAUCACUGGAGAACAAGGCUGGCGCAGCCACCGGUGCCCGUGAAGAGUCUGCGCUGAACAUGUUCCGGCAGAUGGAUCUCAAGGGCCAGGCUCAGGCCGACAGCAAGCUCAAGUCCACGCACCAGAACACCGUGAACACCGUGCGGGUCUACGAGGAGGCCAACGGGGCUCUGCGCUUCAGCACAGCCCAUAAUGACCCGGCUCACGACAUCCCCCGGCUCUUCAACUCGCUAGAGGAGCUCUCGCGACUAGUCGACAUCUCCUACUGCGUCAGCACAACCGGGAUCCAAAAGCCCUUCCAGUGCCUCAGCCGAUGCGUUGAGUUUCCAAACUUGGAGCUGGCCUGGAACACCGGCCCCCUCCUCUCCGACUCAUGCGGCUACAUCGCGCUCUCCCACUCGCCGUCCCCUCCGCGCAUCGUCGUCGCCUUCCGCGGCACCUACUCAAUAGCAAACACCAUAAUCGACCUCUCCGCCUACCCACAGUCCUACGUCCCAUACCCAGAAGACGGUAGCGAUAGCGACGACGGCAAGGACCCCACGCCGCCAGCGCGCUGCGAAAACUGUACGGUGCACGCAGGGUUCAUGGCCUCAUGGCGGAACACGCGCGAAACCGUCCUCCCCGCUGUCGCUGCAGCGCUCGAACAGUACCCGGACUACGAAGUCACGCUGGUGGGCCAUUCGCUCGGCGGGGCCGUCGCCGCGCUGGCGGGUCUGGAGAUGCGGCUGAAGGGAUGGGAUCCGCUGGUUACGACGUUCGGGGAGCCGAUGAUUGGGAAUAAAGACUUUGCAACAUUUAUUGAUCACCAGUUUGGCAUGGCCAGUAAGAGCAGCGACCAGGCCGACGGUGGUAGUGUUGUUGACCAGCGAUUCCGUCGAGUCACCCACGUCAAUGAUCCGGUUCCGCUCCUCCCGCUUAGAGAAUGGGGGUACACCGCACACGCGGGGGAGAUCUUCAUCUCCAAACCCGAGCUCUCGCCGUCUGUUGAAGAUCUCCGGGUCUGUGUCGGGAACCAGGAUCCAAACUGUAUAGCUGGUGCUGACGCCGAUCCCGCCGCGACCGUGCUCGAUAUGCUUCGCGACAUCAACAUCCCCAUCAUAUCCUCAUCAGAUAGUUCCAGUUCCAGCGUCGACUGCUACAAUUCACAAGACCCCGAACCUGAAACUGGAUCCGCAUCCGAACCCGAAUUUGAUACUGGCUCCGCAAACCAAGUCGUUCUCGGCACUCGGCGUGGUCAUGGCCGUGACAGCUCUGCUGCCUGCGACGAAGGACACGCGCUGCAUUCUCGGAAAUGGGACUGGUCGUUUAUUCCGGCGAGGUAUAGGCUAUGGGAACUCUUUUAUGCCCAUCGGGACUAUUUCUGGCGCAUUGGGCUUUGUGUUCCCGGCGGUGAUCCGACUGGGUGA